AUGUAUAGGGUAGCUAGGCGAUUUAACUCCAUAAAACCUUACAUUAACAAAGUUACACCCACAAAAGAACAUCCAUUAGUUACCAAUUUAUGUAAACAAAUUCAUAAUACAUUUUUACUAAGUAGAAAAUCAACUAUUGCUUUUGAUGGACAAAAAUUCAUCCCAUCUGAAAGUCUAGCUGAAAAACUAGACAAUAUAGCAACAGAAUCACUUGGUAAUACCGCAAAUCUUGACUUUAAUACACUCAGAAAAUUGUUAUAUUUGCUUAGCAAAUUUUGUUGCAAUGAUUCCAUCCUUUUAAGCUGUGUAUGGCAAUCAUUGCACAAGAAACUCUUGCUGGGUGAGGAAAUUAAGCCCAUAAAUGAAGUUAGACCUAAAUCGGUUAGGCAUGUUGAUUUGAUGAGGAGAGUUAAGCAGAAAACAAUCUGGAUUCCCAUGGGUAGGGAAUGUUUAAUUUUACCCUUCUGUGCUUCUCUUACCCAUAAAACAUUCUAUGAUGAAAAAUGUUUAGGCUUGAUAAACAAAUUUAUAAAAAGUACCAUUAGGUCCAGGUUAUACCCAACCCUAGAAGAUACAACACUGGCUUGUUAUGGCUACAGCACCUUAUAUAAUCACUAUCAGUCGUCAGAGUUGGGUUAUAUGGCAAAACUGAUUCAUAUGUUUAAGGAAUGGAGAUUUUCUGAGGCAUCAACAAAUGAUAUUGAUUAUUUUAAUUUGGAAUUUGCUAAAGUAUACCCAAAUUUAGAGCACGCGUCUACUAGUUUUAGACUAAAUCACUAG